CGCGAUGGGGAGCGCGAAGGGCGCCUCGGAGGGAGAGCGCCUUCGCUACGCCGAGUACAAGGGCGUCAGCGGCGGCGGGCCCGGCACGAACGAGGGGCUGGCUCGAUCUAUGAUAAGUAUUGGCCUUGGUGUUGCAGCCAUUGCUUUUGCUGGUCGUUAUGCAUUCCAGCUCUGGAAACCACUAGAACAAGUAAUCACAGAAACAGCAAGGAAAAUUUCAGCCGCUAAUCUUUCUUCCUAUUAUAAAGGCGGAUUCGAACAGAAAAUGAAUCAUCGAGAAGCUAGUCUUAUUUUAGGCACAAGUCCAUCCGCUGGGAAGGCCAAGAUUAGAAAUGCUCACAGACGAAUCAUGCUUUUGAAUCACCCUGAUAAAGGUGGCUCUCCGUACUUGGCAACGAAAAUCAAUGAAGCAAAAGAUUUGUUGGAAUCAAGCAGUAAACAUUAGGGCUCCAGGAUUCUGUUUCGUUAGGAAGCAUCGUACAUCAUGCAGCUUACUCCUGUAAAGCAGCUUUCUGUUUUGUGUUGGAUGCUAAUGUUGGAUCUGAUCUUCAGCUACAGUGUAUUCAGAAAGUUGAAUUUGUAAUUUCAAGCACUUAAUAAUAAAAUUCACUUUCAGUAUUAGAAA